CCCCUACUACGACCGUAACUGCACAGAGUACUACACCUGCAGAAAUGAACGUAUGAGGGGCAAUGCCCAACAAUGUAUCUUCGGUCUUGUCUUUGACUCCUACCGACAGGUUUGCGUCGAACCUCGUGAUGUUUGCCCGCCCUGUGGUACAGGCGAAGGCUUAGUUGUUCAACCAUGUGACGAUGACACCCCUAUGAAUCAUAGACUGCGCAACCCAGAUAAAUAUGAACGCGAUCUUCGACCAGAGGAGGAAGAUGAUGAACAACCUGAAGGGGUCUCACUUUAUGACAUAUACAAAAACGUUCAAAUCAAAGACUUGAACUGAUUGUUUUGACUGUGAAA